UUCACCGAAAGCUGAGACCAGGAAGGUAAAUACCGCUUUGAAACAAGUUUCAGAACUUCGUAUGAGAAACUGAUUAAUCGAAAGUUGGAAGUCCAUGAGUAGUCAUCCCCAAGUUUUGAGCGCAUAAAGAGCUACUCAUACAUUGCUCGCUGUAGGAUAACGUCAAAUACAGUCAACCCUCCCCUCUUUGAAAAAGGGUCAAAGUUCACAGGAAGCUGGGGGGCUGCCAUUUUUUUCCUCUGCUAACAUGUUAGAUGCUAAAAAGACGAAGAGGGGUGGUCGUCGUUGAUUAUUUUUAUUUACUUAAACCCUUUGCACUGAGCGCUCUUCGCUUUUCGGAUUCCUUAGUCCGGUGUCGUUUGCUAACACGUGUCGUUGGCAAAUAAAGACGGCAUGGAGCGAAUAACUGAUCAGUCGUGGAAUUCUUCUUACACAUACCAGGUGAGCAAGCAUAGCGUCGAGAUGCUACACAACCUUAACACACAGAGAAAAGAUGGAGGCAGGUUCUGCGAUGUGAUCUUACGCGUAGGAGAGGAGAGCUUCCCUGCCCACAAGGCGGUGUUGGCGGCGUGCAGCGAGUAUUUCGAGUCUGUGUUCAGUUGUCAGACAGAGGGCGACGGCGAAGCUAAAGAGCUGGAGAUGCAUACGAUCAGUCCCAAAGUUUUUAAAGACAUCUUGGACUUUGCAUAUACCUCUAAGAUCGUGGUCCGUCUGGAAUGUUUCCCCGAGCUGAUGACAGCGGCUAAGUUUUUGUUAAUGCGGUCUGUCAUCGAAAUCUGUCAGGAGGUGAUCAAACAAUCCAAUGUGCAGAUCCUUGUCCCUCCGUCUCGUGGAGGGGACGUCAGCUUUUUCAGGACAACUGGGAACGCGGAUCUGUCUUUCUCGGUGCCCGUUAAUAUGUCAAAUGGUAAUGGAGUAGUGGCCAAUGGCACUGUAUAUCCAAACAACGGGCAACAGCACACAGCUGUCGACGCUCAUGGUAGUGAUACGGCAAUGUCAGGUGUUAGCUCCCAGUGUGACAUGCCAGUUUUACAACCAGUCGACAGGUUACCUGUGUCUCCGUCGGAGAACACGGAGAGCAACUUCCCUGGAGGGUCCCCUGGCACCAAACGAGGUAGAGGACGGCCAAAGAAAGUGACUACUGGGGAACCCAUCCAUUUCACUAACAGCGCCGCCAAGGAAAUCGAUGUGUUUUCUUGUGGAAUAUGUGGGAAGAUAUUUACGGAAAUUGACAGGCUGAGGAGUCACGAAGUGCAGCACGAAGCGGGAGCGACUAGCGGUGGGGUCAGCGACAGGGACGGUCUAGGUCUUGGGGACGGUCCUACCUUGAUAGCACACUCGCAUGGGGGGAUGAUGGAGAACGGUGUCCCAUCUCACAACACCGUCGACAACAGCCGUAAACGCGAGAGAACACGACGUCAUGUUGGUUGUGACAUUUGUGGAAAGGUUUUCCGUGAUGUGUAUCAUCUGAACCGACACAAACUCUCUCAUUCCGGCGAAAAACCAUAUGCCUGCCCUGUGUGUGGCCUGCGCUUCAAACGGAAAGACAGAAUGUCAUACCAUGUUCGUUCUCACGAUGGGUCUGUGGGUAAACCGUACGUCUGCCAGAGCUGCGGGAAAGGUUUCUCAAGGCCAGACCACCUGAAUGGACACAUCAAGCAGGUGCACACCACAGAACGACCCCACAAGUGCCAGAUCUGUAAUGCCUCAUUUGCCACACGGGACCGCCUGAGGUCUCAUCUGGCGUGCCAUGAGGACAAGAUUCCCUGCCAGGUGUGUGGCAAAUACCUGAGGGCGGCCUACAUGACGGACCACCUGAAGAAACACAGCGAGGGUCCCCACAACUUUUGCUCCAUCUGCAACAAAGACGGGCAGGAGAACACUGGGAAGUGCCCCCACCAGGACUCCGAGGGCUCAGACACAUCCUUCAGUGAGCUCUCCAACGGCACGGAGCUCAAGUCGCCGCACAAGGCGGACGGAGCGGGACUCAACUGUAACGGGGCAGGUGGCGGGACCCCGGGGACUCCUCCGUCCGCGGCGGGCGCCGGCCCCAAAGCCAGGGGGGCGGACUCGGACAAGAAGCACCCCUGCAGUGAGUGUGGCCAGGCCUUCCGCACCAAGUCCUACCUCAACAAGCACCUGCAGCGGGUCCACGGGGUCGUAGGGGCAGGGAAGGGGGGCGCGGGACUCGGGGACCUUUCCUCCCCAUCUCUCAGCUCCCCCUUCUCCCCCCAGCAGAACAUGUCCCUGCUCGAGUCCUUUGGCUUCCAGAUCGUGCAGUCAGCCUUCGCGUCCUCGCUGGUGGACUCAGAGGGGAGCGGCAGCGGGCUGACCGGAGGCAAGUGAGAACAGAAGGUUCCUGAUGUCAAAGGUCAUGUCAAAGGUCGCCUUGCCACAGCUGCACCCUUCCUCGCCUCAGUGCCGCUUGUACCUCGCUCACAGUAUUCCAUGAUGCCAUUGAAUAUUUUCUACCCUUUCAGAGCAGAGCAAGAUGGAAGUGUACAUAUAUGCAUUCUUCUAUUUUCCCUAUCUAAAGCAGCUAAACGGGUGUGUGUCAGAGCCCCCCUGGCAGGUUGAACACUUUAUUCUCAUUGUACAUGUAAGUGUCUUGUGAUAUGCAUAGCAAUGAAAAUGUGCUAUGUCAGUUUUCCUAUUAUUCUUACUUUGGGUUUGUUUGUGGAAUUGAUGUGGUGCGCAUUAUGUUAUGACAUGGAGCUUCAGGGAGCUCCACAAAAGGCUACGGCUUUGCUUACUGCCCCUCGAGUGCCAGAGGUCAGAGAGAUUGCUGAUGCUGAAUCAGAGGUUGCUGAUGAACUUUGCUGUUCUUCUCACUUGGUCCAGGUCAGCCUGACCCAGAAUCAGUCACCUGCUGUUGGUUUGCGAUGGAAGCGCGAUGGUGGUGGUUCUUGGGAAAGUAUUUUAAGGAAAUGUAUCACGUCCCACCAGAGACUACUGCUUGACCCAAGGGUGAAUAAUCCAGUGGUUUCUCAGUGGGGAAACCAUAAUUCCUGACCAGAACACAAUGUUGGCUGUGUAAAAUUGUUUUUUUUUUUCUUUUUGGUUGGUUUUUGAUGCCACAACAUUUUGACUCUUGUGUGUUUGAAUGUCACACUAUUCACAACGUCAGUUAUAGAUAUCCAACAGGGACCAAUUUCAGGUUUGACUAAAAGAUUUUUGGCAAGAAAAGUAGAGUCUAUUUUAUUAAGUUAUUGAUUUUUUUUUUUUUCCUUUUUUUUGUUGUUCAUUGUAGAAGAAAAAAGUAUAUAUAUUGACUCGUUACAAACAUUUAUGUGCUAUUCAUUAUUCUGUAAGUUAUGCUACAUGACAUGAGGGCUGUGUUGAGAGAAAAACUGUGUGAGAAUUGUGUAACUUUAUGAGAGUUCGCUUGUAUGUGUGAGAGUCAGGUGGUCCCUGGUAAUACAUACUUCUACCCUCAGAAUGUAAAUCAACCAGUGGGCUUUUGUAAAUUUAUGCUUUUAAAUCUUUUUUAUUUCAGAGAAUUGUGUUUACUCAGUGAUGUUUCAAGCAUUCCCGCUUAAUUUAUACUUUCAUUUUCGUGAUUCAAUCAUGUGUAUAUAAAACACACACAUACAAAUAUAUAUAAAUAUAUGAAAUGUAUAUAUCUGAGAAAGUGGAAAGUUGUUGGCCUGGAUGGAAAGUGUGUGUGAUUCUGACUGAUGGUUUUAGACGCGGUGCAGUGUGAUUGCACAACCAAUUGCAUGUAUGUAUGCGGUGCCUGCAUCUGCACAUACAUGAUAGGGUGGGUGAUGAUGAAAGAAAGUUUAUGUGUGUGUGUGU